UUUACGCUCGGCCUUCAUUUGGUAGCCUUCUAUUUUCCGCCAAAAGUAAAGAGAGAACAUGUUGGUGUCACCGUUCACUCUUGCCUUUUGAUUUCCUUGUGUGUGAUCUGUGGCAGUUACCUGAAAAUAAGCAAACGACUGCGAUCGCCUGCACCCGGACUCGACGUUCUAAGUCGUCAAUCUGCUGAGCACAAUCUACGACUUUCAAGAACAAUUUUUGUUGCAAUUGCUGUAUCCCUUGUGUUCUGGAUACCAGCUAUUGUAGUGUACAUAACGAGGGACUUAUGCCAUGGAUGUUUUCCGCCACCCAUGAUUGUAACUGUGAAUGCUUUGCAUUUGGCGAAUUCGAUGGUGAAUCCAUUCGUCUACAGUUCCAGGAUGCAGAUAUUCAAAGACGCGCUGAAGAAGCUAUCGCGAAAGAGACGUCAAAAGGUGGAUGUGAGUUCCUGUCCCACGACAAGG